AUGGCUUUGUCGCUUCUGCAGGACGCUCAAACAGCAAGAGGAUUAGCCGCCGUCCGUACGUUGCAAGGUAUGAACCGUGACGAAGAGCGUAGCCUGUCGGUCUCCCCGCCACUCACUGGCCAGCGCCAGCAGCACCAUCUCGGUAUGAACUUCCAGCACACGCCUUCCCUUUACGGUGGAUUCCACCCAGCGACCGCUUCCGCCAUGGGUAUGCUUGCCCCGCAACUGCUGGCCGCCAACCAGACGGCCGCAGCCGCACUGAUGGCCGCCGGACUGCCCAUGUCCCUGCGGGCAUCGCUCGCUACCGGUCUCUUCCCACCGCAUGCUGCCCUGUUCGGUGCGUGGGCACCUCCGACGCCCACCAGCAAUAACAGCAGUCCCCCACCGCCCCAGAGCCCGAUCUCGCCCGCCCUCAGCCAUAAGAGCUCCAAGUCGCUUAAGCUGAGUGCAGCGGCCGCCGCCAACAACAACAACAACAGCAGCAGCACGAACAACAAUCACAUCGUCUCCACCACGUCCGAGAUACUGCCACAGACGAAGAAGCUCACGAAGCGAAAGCACCAGGCCGCGUCCCGCAAGGAGUCGGCCGCAUCACACCAUCACCAUCAUCUGCAUCACCUGAUGCGAUCACCGAGCCAUUCGCAUCCGCACCAUCUGACGAUCCCGGUCGACAUUCCGGUGAGUCCGGGACCAAUCUCACCACCGACCUCUGGCUCAUCACCGCAGUCGAACGGUAGCGUCGAACUGCCGACCACGAUCACCACCACGACCACCUCGAACAACAACAACACCUCCUCGUCGACGUCCUGUUCGUCGGUGACGUCACGCGAUCCUUCCCGCGACAAGGUGUUCACCUGCAAGAUCUGCAGCCGCUCGUUCGGGUACAAGCACGUCCUGCAGAACCACGAGCGGACGCACACGGGCGAGAAACCGUUCGAGUGUCCCGAGUGCCACAAACGAUUUACGCGCGAUCAUCACCUCAAGACGCACAUGCGACUGCACACGGGCGAGAAGCCGUACUCCUGCACGCACUGCGACCGUCAGUUCGUGCAGGUCGCUAACCUGCGCCGACACCUCCGUGUGCACACCGGCGAGAAGCCGUACGAGUGCGAGAUGUGCGACCAGAAGUUCAGCGACUCGAAUCAGCUGAAGGCGCACAUGCUCAGCCACAGCGGCCAGAAACCGUUCCACUGUGAUAGGUGCAAUUCGAGCUACCGGCGGCGGCACCAUCUACUCCACCACAAGUGCGGUCUGCCGAGUCCGCCGACACCCGCCGUCAGUCCCGCCGCCAGUGGCGAUCACCUGUCCGACCAUGCCAAGUCCGUGUGCGGGGGCUCCGAAUCGAGUGAUCUAUCGCUGGACGGACUGUCCAAGAUUCCGACCACACCGGGCAUGCUGUUGCACCAGAAGUUCCCCGGUUUGACACUGCCGCUCAACUUCGGUCCCCUGCCGGAGGUGAAGGCGGAUUCCGGCGCUGCCGCCAUGGAUCUGCGUGCGUCUAGUCGGUCUCGCACGCCACAACAGAUCGCGCACAUCAAGAGUGAACUGCCCGAGCAGACGGAACCGGAGGAUCUUAGUAUGCAUUCGCCUCGCUCGCCCGUCUCCAUGGAGGAGCUGGACGAGCUGGACGAUGCGGCCACACUCUACCUCAAGCAGCGCCAACAGCUGCUCCAGCAACAGCAGCAACAUCACGGGAUGGAGCUGUAA